CACGAUGAGCAGCUUCCAAAAGACGAGCAGAGUGGAAGAAACAAGAUGCCGAUAGAGGUGACGGCGUUUAGUGUUGGAGCUGCACUUCUCUUGCUGAUGCUCACACUAGCGCUCAUUUUCUACAAGUCUGCUGCCAGAGACAAUGGAAAAACACCAGCUGCCUCUCACAUUUGGCAGACCCUGCGUCGGAUUCUUCUACCGUCUUCUUCUUCUUCACUUUGCUCCAUCCCAAGUCCUCCAAGCCACUUUCUAAUUGGCAACAUGAUGGAGUUGACCCACGACCAUCUGCCUAUUCACCUCACCCGCCUGGCAGAGCGCUACGGGGACAUCUACCAGCUUAAGUGCGGCAACACACGCAUGGUGGUUCUAAAUAGCAGUAAGGUUAUAAGGGAAGCAUUGGUCAAGAAAUGGUCUGACUUUGCAGGAAGGCCCUUUUCAUUCACGGGGGAUAUCGUCUCUGGUGGCGGGCGCUCCAUCUCUCUGGGGGACUACAAUGACGAGUGGAGGGCCCAUCGACGUCUGGUGCACGGCGCUUUGCUGCGAUGCUGCCAGCACUCUUUGCAUGAAGUGAUUGAGAAGCAGGCAGCACGCCUCUGCAAGGUUCUGAUGGACUACCAAGGCAGUGCUGUUGAUCUGUCUGAGGACUUCACAGUGGCAGCCAGUAAUGUGAUCACCACACUGACUUUUGGGAAAGAAUACGACAAGAGUUCUCCGGAGCUGCAAGAGUUACACAAGUGUCUGAAUGAGAUCGUCGCUCUGUGGGGAUCUGCUUGGAUAUCAGCCCUGGACUCAUUCCCUUUGCUUCGAAUAUUCCCCAACCCUGUUUUCUCUCGUCUCAUGAAAGAGGUGACCAAGCGAGAUGACAUCAUAAGAAAACACCUCAACCACUACAAGGUGCACCCCCCUCCCUUUCUGAAUGUGCAGGCCCAAGACCAGAAACCAGAAGACACCAUCACAGGCUACUUCCUGCAGGGCCUCGAUAGCGAACAUGGCGAGCUCCUGACAGACACUCAUGUCCACAUGGCCACCGUGGACCUUCUCAUUGGAGGGACAGAGACCACGGCCGCCUGGCUCAACUGGAUUAUCGCUUUCCUCUUGCACCGCCCGGAGGUCCAGACUCAGGUCUAUGAGGAGCUGUGCAGCGCACCAGAGGGUCACUACCCAAAAUACAGCGAGAGGCACAAUCUUCCCGUCCUGUGUGCCCUCAUCAACGAGGUGCUCCGACUCAGGCCUGUUGCUCCUCUGGCGGUACCUCACAGAACAAUCCGAGAUAGCAGCAUUGCAGGUUACUUUAUUCCCAAGAACACGAUGAUUAUUCCUAAUCUUUUCGGAGCUCACCACGAUCCUGCAGUUUGGAGCGAGCCGCACAGCUUCAAACCAGAGCGCUUUCUGGAGGGAGGAGGAUCUUCACCCAAAAACCUGAUCCCCUUCGGGACUGGCGCUCGUCUGUGCUUGGGCGAGGCAGUUGCCAAAACGGAGUUGUUUCUCCUCACGGCUUAUUUGCUCCGAGACUUCUACUUUGUCCUUCCUGACGGAGAAACAUGUCUACCAGACGUGAGGGGCGUGGCUAGUGUGGUGCUCAAGAUCAAGCCUUACAAUGUUAUUGCACAGCCACGACCAGUGCCGGCCCAAGCCUCCAUGGGGCCCUAAGCAAAAUUUGAUUUUGGGGCCCUCUAUUUCUGCCAAUAAUAUUGAUUGUUGAUCAUUCACACACCUACUAUAAACUCAUUGCGGCUCUGGCAGUGUUGUUUACAUUAUCCUAUUGUCAGCCUGGCAUGUCUUUACAAAUGACAUGUCAUUUAUAAAGAUAUGGGGGUGGCCCAGUUAAGAACAUAAAUAAUACCAAUGAAUGAACGAAUGAUGUCCAGAGUGCCACAUAUGGUUCCUAAUCUUAAAAUGUAGAAAACAUUCAGCUGCAAGAGUGGCCUGGGGUUGAACAGUCCAAGUGAUAAAGCUUUGUAUUUACAGUAAAAGUGU